GAUCAGUGAAAAAUUAAUAUUCAUACGUUUUAGUGUUAUUUAUAAAAUAUUUUUAUAAACUAAGAUAUAGUACAGUUCCAUUCAUGUCGACACGUAUUUGCCUCGUAGCCUUAAUUGGUUUACCAGCUGCUGGAAAAAGUACAUUUAGUAGGUGGAUCCUAUCGAUACCUCAACAACAGUUCAACGUCAUUCAUCUUUGUUACGACGAUUUUCUGCAAGCACAAGAUGAUACUCUAAAUCCAGAAAUAGAAUUGAAAUUACAACGUAGCAAAAUAUUGGCAAAUAUAAAGUCGCUUAUAUGUGAAUUAAAUGAUAAUGCUUAUAUAACAAGAGAUAUCAUUAAAUCUGUAAAAUUAUCUGAAAAUGAAAAGUGCAACAACUUCGUAAUCCUAUGUGAUGAUAAUAAUUACUAUCGUAGUAUGAGAUAUAAACUGUAUCAGUUGUGUAGGCAGAACAAGUGUGCUUAUGCCCAAAUUUACUUAGGGUGUGAUUUAAAAUUGGCAUUAAGUCGAAAUAGUGCACGGCCUGAUAAUGAGCGAGUGCCCGAGGAAAUUUUGCAACGAAUGGAAGUAAGACUGGAGAGACCCAAUUCAGCAAAACAUCUCUGGGAGGAAAACACCUUAUUUCUGGAGGGAUGUGACAACUUCACAAUAAUGAAAAUUGGUAUUUUGGAUUUUCUAUCUAAGUCGCUUGAUAAAAUAGUACAACCGCUGACACAAUCUGUUACUACUGAAACAGUGGUGUCAUUGCUGCACCAACUUGAUUUGCUACUGCGAAGGAGAAUUGGUGAAAUUUUGAGGUUGGAGAAUGAUUCAGCUGAGCGGUCAAAAAAGUCUAAAAUGCUGAUAGCUAAGCGUAAGGCAAUACUCCAAGAAGUCAGAAAAGAAGUUGAAAAAGAGUGGAUAAGUACAGAUGACUUGGACAUAUAUGUAUAUUUGUUGAACUAACUAUUGUAUAAACUAUAACGCGAAAUUUUUUUAAAAUUUAUUUAAAAAUUACUAAAUAUAAGCUGUUAGUAUUAUGAUCGCAUUAAAACAAAAUUAUAGGUUUAUUAUUUUUAUUGCAUAAAGACAAACUCUA